CAUUUUAAUCCUGAUCGUGAGUGUUUAAGCUUUUCUGCUAAUCUUGUAAACGCCUCUUGUGUGGACCAAAGAUGUCUUUGCUAAUAGUGAACACCAGUGUCCCCGGAAGUGCAGUGACCGAGUCCCUGUUUGAAGAGUUAAGGCAGGAGCUGGGCAAGGAUCUGCCCAGAUCUGUACAGCAAAUUGCCAUUCAGAUUAAUACUGACCAGCGCAUUCGGUUUGCGGGUACAAAAGAGCCCUCUGCACUAUGCACUUUGCUUGACACCGGCCAUAUUGAUCUUUCAGACAACAAGAAUCACGCCAAGAUAAUUUCAGAUGUGCUGACCAAGAACCUUAAAAUAUCCGCAGACAGGAUCUACAUCCACUUCACUGAUGUGCCUGCUGCAAAUGCUGGUUGGAAGGGUACCACAUUAGACUUUCUGUAAACAUAUACUGUCACCAUAUGAAACAGUAGUUGUAACUGCAGUAACAUACAGAUUCUUCCAGAGGAAUAUUGAAUGCGUUACUGUACACAUUGCUAUUGAGUUUUAUGUUUGCACUGUAAUGAUUAGAAUGGCUUCUGUCAAAUAAAAAUGUUACUAAUGGCUUUUAAUUACAACACAGGCAUUGUGGUUGUGGAAGUGUGCAAAACUGCCUGAAUAAAACCAGUGAGCAUCUUGGUCAGGAUUACUGACUGCCUGAAA